AUGCGUGGUUUCAGCAAUCUGGUUUUGUGGUAUUUGGUGCUCACCCCAUUACCAUCCGUUCCAAAUAAUUUCGGUCGGUUUAGCUACAACUCAACAGUAGGAUUCGCAGCACCCUCAGAAAUUAUCGGCUACCAGAGUUACAACACCACGUCAGAUCAUAGUAUUGUUGGCCAGUCUGCGAAUGGAGAAGCAAGUUUCUCUCGCAUUCAUACUCGGUUUCUCGACCACGACGGUCGUCUCCCUUAUAAUACACCCGGUGGUGAGUAG